GAACCAUUGAGGAUUUUCAUUUGUGAAAAAACGAGAGCUCUGAAGGGAAAAAUAAAAUAAAAUAAAAAAUACUACAAAAUCCUUAAUUCCUCUUCCUGAUAAAAAAAUAAUAAUAAUACAAAUGCUCAGCGAUGGGUUUAAUACCAAUAGGAUAAUGGGCUUUCAAUUCAGCCCAAUCCACUACAUUGGUUGACUAUUGGCUAUCUGUGAAAGAAUGACCGUCGAUUUCAUUAGUCCACAAAGUUGGAAGAAAGAGAGAUUCCUAGGGGUUCGGCGGCCGGCGGAAAAAGGAAGCCAAAGACCGGAGAUACCGCUAGUGCGUGUGCGUGUGUGUGUGUGAUCAGCUGAAAAGAAAAAAACACAAACAACAUGAGAUGGGGUGCGUUCUGGAAGAGCCCUGUAAUGGAGAUAGUGAAGAAACACGAUUCCGGCGGCCUUGUUUGGAAGAGAAUUAAGCUCACUUCUACCCGGAAAGCCAACGCCAAGAAGCGUCUCCGCCGCGUCUGGCAGAACGAAGCUGUCCUGAGAGCAUGUUCUGAACCACCUCCCUCCGGAAAGGCACUUACUGAUGCUGGAGAAAUUGCCGCAAAGAAGAUGUAAUAAGCUUAGUAUGAAUCCCAUCUUGUUGGAGUGAAAAGGCUUAUUUGUUCACCCCUUAUGGAGAUAUGCCUGGAUUUCAAAUUAUAUGCCGAGGAUGUUAGUAUCUUGUAUUAGUUUCUAUUAUAGACAAAAUUACUGAUUAUGUGAACAUUAGACAUCCUCUCUUACUAAUGUGUUUGAACUCAUCAAAGUGUAUUGGGUUUAUCCAAUCAUAUCUUGGUUGUCACUCUCGUGCAUUUAGCUAUUGUGGACUAUCUCCAAAGAGAUAUUUUUUCUGAAAGUUUGAAACUUGACAAUGCUUCUUUUCCAGAAACAAGAUCAGUUACAUUAUACAGGGAGCAGUUUGAUAAGAUGUC